UGGGGUGAACGGAGGCCUCCAGAAUCGGUGUGCAGCGCGGAGUGCGAGCUCGGGCAGGCCAAGCAGUACGUGGAGGGCGAGAGCUGCUGCUGGCACUGCUUCAACUGCACGCAGUACGAGAUCCGAUCGCCCUACGUGGAAACAGCCUGCAUGGUGUGUCCCCGCGGGACGCUGCCCGACCCGACGCGGACGCACUGCAGGCCCAUUCCGGAGGCCUACCUGAGGCCCGACUCCGCCUGGGCUAUCGGCGCCAUGUCCUUCUCUUCUGUUGGGAUUCUGAUCACUGCGUUCGUUUGUGGCGUGUGGGUGCGACACAGCUCUACACCAGUCGUGAGAGCGAGCGGGAGGGAGCUAUCUUACGUCCUGCUCGCCGGGAUCCUCAUGUGCUACCUCGUCACCUUCGCGCUGGUCUUCAGGCCGACUGACAUCUUGUGUUCUAUACAGCGGUUCGGCACAGGGUUCUGCUUCACCGUAGUGUAUGCUGCUCUCCUGACGAAGACCAACAGGAUAUCCCGGAUCUUCAACGCCAGCAAGCACUCUGCCAAGCGGCCUAUCCUGAUCUCGCCCAGCUCGCAGCUUGCUAUAUGCGCUGCACUAGUUUCUAUUCAGGUGCUAAUAGUAGUGGUGUGGAUGAUAGUGGCGCCCGCGCGCGCGAUGUUCCACUACCCGACCAGGGAAGACAACAUGCUGGUGUGCGACUCGUACGUGGACGCGUCCUACAUGAUCGCCUUCUUCUACCCCAUCGUGCUCAUCCUCGUGUGCACCGUGUACGCCGUGCUGACCAGGAAGAUACCGGAGGCUUUCAACGAGAGCAAGCAUAUUGGGUUCACGAUGUAUACGACGUGCGUGAUCUGGCUGGCGUUCGUGCCUCUCUACUUUGGCACCGCCAGCCACGUGCCGCUGCGUGUCACCAGCAUGGCGGUCACCAUCUCGCUCAGUGCCAGCGUGACCCUCGUCUGCCUGUUCUCUCCUAAGCUGUACAUAAUCCUGAUCCGGCCGGAGCGCAACGUGCGCCAGAGCAUAAUGCCGGUGCGCUACAGCCGCAAGCCGGCGCCCGCGCACGCCGCGCCGCCCGCUUUGAAGAAAACGACGUUUGCCGACAAAGAAACCCAGACAGAGCAAGCUGACUUCAACAAACUCACUAACGGGCAGACGAUCCAACUGCUCAGUGAUAACAAAGAUAAAGAAGAAGCAAAACUCACCAAAGACGAGGAAAGAAUCCAGUGCAACAACAUCAAAGUCAACAACAACACCAACGACAAGCAAACAACAACUAACAACAAAGUGAAUACUGUGUGUGGAAUAAAUGAAAAGGCUGAAACUUUAUAGCAACGACAUUCCUCGAAGUCACUCAACGAGGUGUUCAAAAACGCCAAAAAUAACAAUAGUUUGAAAAUGAAAAAGAAAAGCUGUUCUUGUAAAAUGAAAGAACGGAAACCAGUUGUAGUGUAAACAAUCAGUGAUACGGACUUACUAGUGUAUUAUUAUUUAUCUACGGAUAUUAGAAAUUUUCAAUCGAAUUAUAAUAUUUAUAACAAUACCUAUCCUUAUACAAUAUUUUAAAACGUAACGCUUUGUAAAGAGGCCGCUUUUGACAUCUUCCAUCUAACUUUUUUGUACAUAAAACUGUUUAAAAUCACUUUCGCACCGAUAUUUAGUAUGCUAGUCACUUUGUAUAUAAAUGCGGGAAAAAUGUAAAUAUCCAACCAAAGACAAAUAGUGAUGUGUAUUGUACAUAAACGAUGUAUUUAAUGUACCUACUGUUAAGGUUAAGUUUGGUAUAUCAAAUAUUUAAGCUAAGUUGAAGAUGACUAUCGCUGCAUAUACAGGGUGUAGCUCUGAGCCAGGGCGGUAGCAGCAGCGUAUUAAUUAAGGUUUAACUCAGUACUUACGCUUCAAAAUGAAAAGCAGAUGUAUAAUAAACUUAUCGUAGAAACAAACGCUUUUUAGUAUUUUGACUGAUAUUCUAAUAAAAAAAUAGAUUUAGCAAUAGGAAAUCAUUUAAAUUGUCAAAUAACACUUGAAAAUAACGGUGAUGCAUGGACUUUGACGUGAGUUUUGGGAUUUAUUCGUAGUCUUCCUACUUUGUAUUCUGAUAAAUUAAUGAAUAAUGUAAAAUAUUCUGAUCGAUACUUUAAGAUGUAAAGAAAGCACGUUUUUGUAUAAAUCACUAAUAAUGUAUCGCUUUCUAAGUAAUAUCGCGUCGAUGUUGCCACUACCGUCUUUUGCUCGCCCUGUGUAUGUGCACACGUGACUAGAUAAUAUUAUAUAAUUAAUAUAU